AGCGAGUUUCGUGAACACGCUUUGUGUCUCUGGAUUUAUUCCAUCAGCUUGUCAACUUUUUUUUUUUUUUUUUUUUUGCGAUGUAACUAUUUGUCAAUACGCCUCUCCAACCUGGAAUGUAUGAAUCGUCCUUUUUGUUGAGCUUUUGGUGAAAAAAGAGCAUGUGAUCCCCCUCGAUAUCCUGAUUCAAUUGAUUAGUUCCAAUCACAAGAGAGAAGCUCUUUGCCUCUCUAAAAGACGGCGGAAUCUCAUUUCUGCGUCCGCCGUCGUUCUGCGUCUGUGCCUCGUCAUUCAGAAUAACUUCUUCGCCGCAUAUCAAGAGCAUUAGGAUGCAAGCCAUAAGGUCUCUGUUAAUCCCCAAGUGGUCGUCCGACGUGCGUCUGGACGGAAAGACGGCCAUCGUAACCGGUGCCAACACGGGAAUAGGCAAAGAGACGGCAAAAGAUCUGGCGGCCAGAGGCGCAAGGGUGAUUCUGGCCUGCAGGGACAUGGCGAAGGGAGAGCAGGCGGCCCGCGACAUCAUGAGGGAGGUGUCGUGCGCCAAAGUCGUCGCCAGGCACCUGGAUCUGGCCGACACCAAAUCCAUCUGCCAGUUUGCCGAGAACAUCUACAACACCGAGAAGGCUCUGCACUACCUGAUCAACAACGCCGGCGUGGCUCUUUGCGCUUUCGCCACCACCGUGGACGGAUUUGAGACGCAGUUUGGAGUCAAUCACUUGGGUCAUUUUUUCCUAACUUUCCUGCUGCUGGACUUGCUCAAGCACUCGGCGCCUUCCCGGGUCAUCACCCUUUCCUCCAUCGCUCACAUCAUGGGGAGGAUCCAGUUUGACGACCUGGCCGUCGAGAACAACUACCACCCCGCGCGGGCUUAUGCCCAGAGCAAGUUGGCUAACGUUCUCUUUACCAGAGAGCUAGCCAAGAGGACUGAGGCAUUAGGGGUGACGGCUUACUCGGUGGACCCCGGCACUGUCAACACUGAGAUAACCAGGCACAUCGGGUGGCCGAUGGCAGAAAUCAUCCAAAUGUUUUCCGGUCUGCUCAAGACUUCGGCAGAGGGGGCCUACACCACUAUCUACUGCGUGGUCACUCCUGAGAAUGAAUUGACGAACGGAGGGCACUACAAGGAUUGUGCCUAUUCCAAGGGCUGCAGGGCCGGGCGCGACGAUGGCACGGCUUUAAAACUGUGGGCUGCCAGCUGCCACUUGCUGGGCAUCCGUUGGAGAUGAACAUGAAGAGCGAUCUCACGCUGAUGCUCGGUGCUCAGAACAUGUGUCUGAAAAAAAAGACAAAGGCUGACAUUGCAGGUCUCUCAAAUGAUUAAAAGAUACUAUUGAGCAAAAG